AAAUCUUUAAUAUCCAAUUUAGAAUAUUUAAAAAUAAAAAAAAUAACGUUUAACUCUUUACAUACACAUAACCAAUGUUUUUGAACCCGGCCCGGUGGCUGACCCGUUUUGGCCAGCGGGUCUGGUUCAACCGGUUGAAUCGGGGGGCAAAAUCAGUUUGGUCUGGUGAAGGAGAGGAAGAUGGGUGGCGGAGCUGCCGAGAUCUGAGCAAAAUCAGGGACGAUCUGUUAUGCUUUGUUGCUUCUGUUUGGUCCGGUGAAGGAGAGGAAGAUCCGAUGAAGGAGAGGAAGAUGAGUGGCGGAGCUGUCGAGAUCUGAGCAAAAUCAGGGACGAUCUAUUAUGCUUU